AUGCUUCCCAUCCAAGUCCGAAAAACUGACUCUAGAUCCGGCGAUGGAACGCGUUUUUCUUGUGAGAAUUUUAGAUUUCAUUACGAUUCGCCGCGAUUUCGUUCCAUCUCAAUACAGUACCCACGGUACAAUAAUUUAGUACAAUACAACUACUGUAGCAUUAUGCACAGCAGUGUUAUCCGACACGUGGUCUCGGCUCCCGUCGCUUCGGGGCAGCUGAACAAGAACAAGCAAGGUAUCCUCCGUCUGCUCGAACCCGCACACCGACCAUCGAAAUGUCCUAGAUCGGAAUCCUCGGUAGCACAGAUGGACUCGAUCACCUGGAUAUGCAGUAAGUGA